GUCCUGCUCUGCGGUUUGCUUGGUAUCCCUCCAUCUAAUGGAGUGCUUCCUCAGUCGCCCAUGCACACAAAAAGUCUUGCUGUCCUUAAGAGGCAGUUGCUAAGCAAAAAGAUGGUUGAUACUGCCAAGGAGAGCAUAGGAGGAAGUGCUACCAGUUUGGAAAUAUAUGGCAAGAUGGAAGAAGUUUUCAUCAAAAUGGAUAGCGAAGAGAAUACUGAUUCUGUUGACAGGGAGUUGAAGAACUUCAAGGAUGCUAUUCUGCAAGAAGGCAACGGAGAAGGGAGAUUGGCUAGAGAAUUUGACCCUCGCAAACAUAUAGAAGCCCACUUGCCUGUUCGAGUGAACGAAUAGAGACUGAGCAAUCUGCUGCAGUCCAUACUGGUUGGUGGGUGUGUUGGAGCUAUGCCAGUCAUCAGGAUGAUACCCACAUCGGUCCUCUGGGGUUACUUUGCCUACAUGGCCAUUGACAGUCUACCAGGGAAUCAGUUC